GUAGAGCGGGGAGGGAAGGACAGUGAAGGGGGUGUGUCUCGAUUUUUAGACAUGCGCAGGAAGUGGAAGGAAGUGUGUCUAUUCGUUUGGAGAGUGACCAAGAAGAAAGAAGUGUAGAGGCUGGGCUGAACGGUGCCGAGUUUAGGGGGCGCGUGUGUUGUCUGUGUGUGAGUGCGCGCGCGCCGUGACGGGAAGGAAAAGGCGGGGCCUCCUCAGGGUGAUUGACCUCCCCCUCCCCGCCUCCCGUGAGCGGCUGCCUGACUGGCGGCUCGAAGUGGACGCAACUUCCCCACGACAGAGGAGCUGUCUCUCUGUCUUGAGGCGGCGGCGGCGGCGGUGGCAGGGAGCCCGCGCAGGCUCAUUGUGUGUGUGGUGGGGGGGGGGCUGCCCUGGCACAGCCCUUCCUCGCCCAGCCUGGGGCUGGUGUGGGGAGCAUGAAAGUUCCGCCGCGGCACCGACACGGUGGUGGCUCUGGCGGCUUCCUCUUCCUCCAGGUCGGGCCGAGGGGCCGCUCUUCCUCACUGCGGUGAAGGGACUGCGGGGCGUCUGGCGGACGGGGCGGCGCUGGCGCUUGGGCGGCAGCUGCGGCACUUCUUCGCCCGGUCUUGAGGGAGCGCCCCUCGCUUUCCUGUUCCUCCGCAAGUGCCUCGUCGUCCUCCGUCGUCCCGCUUUCGAGGCGCCCAGAAUGACCCUGUGAAGGCGGUUAAUUCUGGAGCAAGCGGGGGGGGGGAGAAUAUCGCCCCCUCAGAGACGCUCGGCAUCUUGAAGAUUUCUUCUUCCUUCCUCUCUCAGAACUUGCACUGCACUAAUUACUCGCCUGAGAGCUUUUAGAUUAUUUUUCUAAGCGCCUCAAGAUGACUUAAUGUUUUGUUUCGUCAGACAGGGAUUUUGCCUUUGGGGUGUAUAUAUGAUUCUUUGUUCGCUCGAAAAGAAGGCAAGGGAUCUCAUUCCCCCCCUCUCCGUUGGGCAGAUUUUUGGAAGUGAAAAGAGCCCCUUUUUUAUACCUGAAUUUCACGGCAACUUGGAUUUACGCUUUGAGGCAUUUCUUUAACCCGGCACUGAAACAACUCUCAAAGACACAGAGAAGGGCGUUUUUAAAGUUCUGCAAAGUUCCCUUGUUAUAAAAAUGGAGCAUGGCAAGAUGGAUUACUUUUGUGAUCAGGUACAACAGAAAGAUGUGGGCCGCAGGAUGCUGGUCGGCCAGGAAUUUCUGGAGUAUUUGAAUGAUCCCAGCGUUUCUACUGAUCUGGAGCAGGAUCAGCAGCGCCUUGAUAAAGUGAUGGAUGAACUAACAGGAUGGGUGAACUCUAGUAAUUAUAAGGUAUCAUUACUUGGACUAGAUCUCCUAGGUGCCUUUGUUGACAGACUGCUGGGACGCUUUAAAUCUUACAUAGGAACUGUUCUUGUAGUGUUGAUGGAUCGAAUGGGAGAUGCCAAAGAUCAAGUUCGAGAACAAGCACAAAAUCUUGUUUUGAAGUUAAUGGAUCAAGUAGCUCCACCGAUGUUAAUUUGGGAACGACUUGCUGUUGGUUUCAAACACAAGAACUAUCGUUCACGAGAAGGAGUGUGCCUGUGUCUUAUUGCAACUUUAAAUGUCUAUGGUGCACAAUCAUUAACUCUCAGCAAACUGGUACCACACUUAUGUAUCUUAUCUGGAGACUCCAAUAGCCAGGUGAGAGAUGCUGCAAUAUUGGCUUUUGUGGAGAUUUAUAGACAUGUGGGAGAGAAAGUAAGAGUUGAUCUUAACAAAAGAGGCCUUCCUGCUACCAGGUUGCAAACAAUAUUUAUGAAAUUUGAUGAGGUGAAAAACAGUGGCAAUAUGAUUUCAAGCAACAUCAGUGAUAAAAGCUUUGAUGAUGAAGAAUCAGUGGAUGGAAAUAGGCCAUCUUCAGCUUCCUCAGCUUUCAAGGUUCCUGCACCUAAAAAACCUGGAAAUCCCUCAAAUACUUCAAGAAAACCAGGUUCUGCUGGUGGGCCUAAGGUUGGAGGCACCACAAAGGAAGGAGGGGCUGGUGCUGUUGAUGAAGAUGAUUUCAUAAAAGCAUUUACAGAUGUUCCUACUGUACAGAUCUAUUCAAGUCGUGAACUUGAAGAAACUCUAAAUAAAAUCAGGGAAAUCUUGUCAGAUGAUAAGCAUGACUGGGAUCAACGAGCCAAUGCGCUCAAGAAAGUCCGGUCGUUGCUUGUUGCUGGAGCUGCACAAUAUGACUGUUUUUUCCAGCAUUUGCGACUGUUAGAUGGAGCAUUUAAAUUAUCCGCGAAAGAUCUCCGAUCACAAGUGGUUAGAGAAGCAUGCAUUACAGUAGCCCAUCUUUCAACAGUGCUGGGAAACAAGUUUGACCAUGGCGCAGAAGCCAUUGUGCCUACUCUGUUUAAUCUGGUCCCUAAUAGCGCCAAAGUUAUGGCCACUUCUGGGUGUGCAGCCAUUAGAUUUAUCAUCCGUCAUACCCAUGUGCCCCGACUCAUACCUUUAAUAACCAGCAAUUGUACCUCAAAAUCUGUUGCAGUCAGGAGGCGCUCAUUUGAAUUUCUAGACUUGUUGUUGCAAGAGUGGCAAACUCACUCUUUGGAAAGGCAUGCAGCAGUCUUGGUUGAAACAAUCAAAAAGGGCAUUCAUGAUGCAGAUGCUGAGGCAAGAGUAGAGGCAAGAAAGACUUAUUUAGGUCUAAGAAACCAUUUUCCAGGUGAAGCAGAAGCACUCUAUAACAGUCUGGAACCGUCCUAUCAGAGAAGUCUCCAGACCUACUUAAAGAAUUCUGGUAGCAUCACAUCACUUCCACAGUCAGACAGGUCAUCCUCCAGCUCACAGGAAAGUCUCAAUCGUCCUUUCUCAUCAAAAUGGUCCUCGUCAAGUUCAAGUAUGGCUGGAAGAGUUGCAGGGACUAUCAAGACUGCUCCAAGUCCAGGGACACUUCAGAGGUCUCGCAGUGACAUUGAUGUUAAUGCUGCUGCAGGUGCAAAGGCACGUCAUGCUAUUGGUCAAACGGCAGGAGCUGGCCGCUUAGCAACGGCAGGUCUACCUCCAGGAUCGUAUGCUUCUCUAGAGGAUACUUCUGACAAGAUGGAUGGAACAGCUUCUGAAGAUGGACGUGUACGAACCAAGCUUUCAACACCAUCUGUUGGCAUGGGAAACUCAAAGACAGAUUCCAGAGGUCGUAGUCGAACAAAAGUUGUAUCUCAGUCUCAGCGUUCAUCAUCGCCAGACAAAAAUGAAGCUGGCAGUCGUUCCGGUUCUCCUGGAAGAGUUUUAACUACAACUGCCCUCUCAACUCUGAACACUGGGGUUCAGAGAGUGUUAGUCAGCCCUGCAACAGCACAAAAGCGAAGCAAGAUUCCUCGAAGUCAAGGAUGCAGCAGAGAGGCCAGUCCUUCAAGACUAUCAGUUGCACGAGGUAGUCGUAUUCCUCGACCUAGUGUGAGUCAGGGAUGCAGUCGGGAAGCCAGCCGUGAAAGUAGCAGGGAUACAAGCCCUGUCCGCUCUUUUGCACCCCUUGCUUCCAGGCAUCACUCCAGAUCCACUGGUGCCCUCUACUCUCCAGAUGUUUAUGGGGCUACAGGGACAGGUUUUGGAAUAAGUCAGUCAAGUCGAUUAUCUUCUUCUGUUAGUGCCAUGCGAGUCUUGAAUACAGGUUCAGAUGUGGAAGAAGCAGUAGCAGAUGCUUUGCUCUUAGGAGACAUGCGGACGAAGAAAAAACCAGUGCGAAGGAGAUAUGAGUCGUAUGGAAUGUACUCUGAUGAUGAUGCCAACAGCGAUGCUUCCAGUGCCUGCUCAGAAAGAUCAUAUAGCUCACGGAAUGGCACUAUACCUACCUAUAUGCGGCAGACAGAAGAUGUGGCAGAGGUCCUUAAUCGCUGUGCAAGCUCCAAUUGGUCAGAAAGAAAAGAAGGCCUCCUGGGGCUACAGAAUUUAUUAAAAAAUCAGAGGACUUUAAGUCGAGUUGAAUUAAAAAGAUUGUGCGAAAUCUUCACCAGGAUGUUUGCUGAUCCUCACAGCAAGAGAGUGUUCAGCAUGUUUUUGGAAACUUUAGUAGAUUUCAUCCAGGUCCAUAAAGAAGAUCUACAGGAUUGGCUAUUUGUGUUGCUGACACAACUCCUAAAAAAAAUGGGUGCUGACUUGUUAGGAUCUGUGCAAGCAAAAGUCCAAAAGGCACUUGAUGUGACGAGAGAAUCUUUUCCAAAUGAUCUCCAGUUCAGUAUUUUAAUGCGGUUUACCGUUGAUCAGACCCAGACACCCAGCUUGAAGACAGUCAAGCCAGCACUGCAGGACCAGCUUCGCUCUUUUUGGAGCUCCAAGGUAAAAGUUGCCAUUCUUAAAUAUAUAGAGACUCUGGCACAACAGAUGGAUCCAGGAGAUUUUGUAAAUUCGAGUGAAACUCGUCUGGCAGUAUCUCGCAUUAUCACUUGGACAACAGAACCUAAAAGUUCCGAUGUUAGGAAGGCUGCACAGUCGGUGCUGAUCUCUCUGUUUGAACUCAAUACCCCAGAGUUUACAAUGUUGCUGGGUGCUUUACCAAAAACUUUUCAGGAUGGUGCCACAAAGUUACUUCAUAAUCACCUCCGGAACACAGGAAAUGGUGGCCAGGGUUCCAUGGGAAGCCCUUUAACAAGGCCGGUUCCACGCUCACCAGCCAGUUGGUCUAGUCCCAUCACUUCCCCAACCAAUACAUCACAAAAUACUUUGUCACCAAGUGCAUUUGAUUAUGAUACAGAAAAUAUGAAUUCAGAAGAUAUUUAUAGUUCUCUCCGUGGAGUAACUGAAGCAAUUCAGAACUUUAGCUUCCGCAGUCAGGAAGAUAUGAAUGAACCUAUGAAGCGAGAUUCAAAAAAAGAGGAUGUUGAUGCAAUUUGUAGUGGGUCUGGCAUAGUAGAUCUGCGAGCAGGAGGUGGAGCCAGUGAUACAGGUCGAACAGCUCUUGACAACAAAACCUCACUACUCAACACAAUGCCUCCUCAUUCUUCCCCACGGUCACGUGAUUAUAAUCCAUACAACUACUCAGAUAGUGUUGGUCCUUUUAAUAAAUCAGCUUUAAAAGAGGCCAUGUUUGAUGAUGAUGCAGACCAGUUUCCUGAUGAACCACCCCUAGAUCAUUCAGACCUGGUAGCAGAGCUGCUAAAGGAAUUAUCAAAUCAUAAUGAGAGAAUUGAAGAAAGGAAGUCUGCUCUUUACGAACUAAUGAAAUUGACUCAAGAAGAGUCUGUUGGUGUUUGGGAUGAGCACUUCAAAACAAUUCUGCUUCUCUUACUUGAAACUCUUGGGGACAAAGAGCAUGCAAUUAGGGCACUGGCAUUGAAAGUCUUAAGAGAAAUUUUAAGGCACCAACCAGCAAGAUUUAGAAAUUAUGCUGAGCUCACAAUCAUGAAGACUCUGGAAGCUCAUAAAGACCCUCAUAAAGAGGUAGUAAGAUCGGCUGAAGAAGCUGCUACUAUGCUUGCUACAUCCAUUAGUCCAGAUCAGUGCAUCAAAGUACUUUGCCCCAUUAUUCAAACAGCAGAUUACCCUAUCAAUCUGGCUGCAAUCAAAAUGCAGACGAAAGUCAUAGAAAGAGUACCUAAAGAAACACUUGCUCAGCUCUUGCCAGAAAUAGUACCAGGUCUUAUACAGGGCUAUGAUAACUCAGAGAGCAGUGUUCGAAAGGCUUGUGUCUUCUGUCUUGUAGCUAUUCAUGCAGUAAUUGGAGAUGAGCUGAAACCACAUCUCAGCCAGCUCACAGGCAGCAAAAUGAAGUUGUUGAAUCUUUAUAUCAAACGGGCUCAAACAGGCUCUGGAGCAGGUGAUGCAGCAACAGAUGUUCCUGGACAAAGCUAGUGAUGCUGAUGCCUGCAUGCUUGAUCGUGCAAAGAAACAAUGCAUCUGUAAAAGGAAAAAAAUCUCAAACACAUUCUGGAACUCUUCAUUUUUUGUAGUUUUCUUUUUAAUUUUUCUUUCUUCUUGUUUCCCCUUAAUAGAGGGCUACUCUCAGCCUGCAUGUGACUGUUGCAGUUAUUCCAUAUCCAAAGGAGAAACAGUAUUAAUAUCACUUGAUCAAAGCAAAAUAAAUUUAAAAAAUCUAAUCCAUCAUGUUUUCUGUUCACACUCCUCUGUGUGCUGUCCCAUCAAUUUUUAUCAGUGUUACAGUACAUUAAAAAAAAA